AUGGAGGGAGAAGUGGCAAGAUCGGCAACACAAGAAAUCUACGAUCAAGUCCUCCGAAAGGAGCUGGGCAGAACAGCUGAGCUACAAGAGCAGCAGCAGCAGCAGCAGCCCACGGCGCCUAACGGCAAGCCCGGAAAGCCUCGAGAGAGGUCUGCGGUGUCCGACGGCCAGAGAACCUCUCGACAGCAGGACAGGGAUCCCUCGUCCCGGCCCGCGACUGCACAGAGCAAGAGCUCAUCCAAGGCGCGGAGCGUGCAAGAAAAGUCUCGCUGGGUUGCGCCGGAUUUUGCCUCGGUUGCCUUGUCGCCCCACAACCUUGAGGAUGCGCUCACCGAGCGGGCCUUCGCGGAGCAUCCGUCCCGCCAGUCCAUUGGCUUGAGUGAGGCAGUGGUGCGAGAUGUGGUCAGCGUGACGGUGCGGGAUAUCGUCGGCAUCUUUGAAUCGCUCCUCGAUCGCCUUCUGAUCGAGAAGAAGAUGGAGACGAUUCGAAGCAUGGUCGUGGAGUUCAUGACCGAAGAUCUUUCUGCAACCAUCGAAGCCGGUAAAGAGGAGCUUAAAGAGAAGGAGAUCGGCCACGUCCUCCAGGACAUACGCGAUCUGCGCAAGCAGAUGGACGAGACCGACCUAGCCUGGGAGCAGAAGUUCAAGAGAGUCGGGGAGCUCGAAAGGGCAUUCGGCAACUUCAACGACGAUGCGGGCGACCGAUUUGCCAACCUGGAGGCGCGCCUGCGCACCUUGGAGAAAGCUUCCGUGCGACAGGAAGCACUGGAUGCUGUCUUGAAGGACAUCGCUCAGGACAAGGCUGACAAGACAGCUGACAUCGACGAGCUUUUCUCAAAGGACGAAAAGACUCAAAGACAUCUGCAGGACCUACAGGACACUGUGUCCACCAGCUUAGCCUCGAAGAAGGAGGUGGAAGAGGCCAUGCAGCAGGUCUUGGAAGAGCUGCAUCAAUCUUCCGAUGAUGUGACGGAAAGCCUGAAGGAUCUGCAAAGCAAAGUUGCUUGGCAUGCUGACGUCGAGGAGUUGGACAUGAAUCAGCGUCAGAAGAUCUCUGCCGUGCAGUCCGACGUGAACAAGGCACACGAUGGGCUCAAAGCGUUCGGAGACAAGUUUGACUCCGCGCAGCAGCAAAACCAUGAGGUGUUUGCCAGGAACGUGCAGGUCAGGGAGAUGUUCUCGCAGUAUGGCGAGAUGAUGGAGGAUCUGGAGAAACGACUUUCCGAGGAGCAGCAGAAGCUGGGCCAACAGAAGGUGGACAAAGCGGAUCUCCAAGACAAGAUGUCGACCGCCUAUGGCCGCAUGGAGGAGCUGAAGGCGGUCGACGAGAACAUCUCCAACGGCCUCAAGGAGCUGGCAUCCGUGGUAAGUGACCUGCAGGCGCACACCUCGGAAAUGGCGACAAAGAGCUAUGCUGAGGAGGUGGCGCGCAAGUAUGCGGACGAAGUGGUGAGAGCAAGCACCGAGAAGGAAGAGAUUGAUGCCUUGCGCCGCGAUUUCGUCGAGGAACAGGAGCGGAUUCGGUCGAGCGUGAGACAGCAGCAGACCAACAGGAAAGACCUCAGCGCAGCUCUCGAGGAGUUGAACGACUUGCGAGCAAAGGCAGUAAAGGUGGAAAAGCGGUGUGGAUCCUUAGAGGAUCAGAUCACCUCGUUGCGAGAGGAGGAGGCAACGAUUCGGGACGGCUUGAAGCACACCGCGAAUAGUCAGGCUCUGUCGGAAGCAGAAAUGAAAGAGGAUUGCGAGGCGCUUCGCAUCGAGUUGAAGGAGCAUGCCGAGAGGCAGCAGCAGGAAGGGGAGAGGUUGCGGGAGCAAUUGACGCGGCAGUACAUGGAACAGCUGGACAAAGCAAUGGACCUGCAGGGAGGUAUCCAAAAGCUGCAGUUGAGCCACAAAGAACUCGAUGAGACUGUAAAGACACGUUUGCCGAGCCCUUCGUCUGCAACCUCCGGGUGA